AUGGACCAGGAACUCGCAGUUGCAGGAAGCCCUGCACCUACGCGACGGGAGAAGGGUAUCAAAACAUGCGUAAAGGCAGAUAUCCAGUGUACAGCUGCUGAUCUGGUGCUUGGCACUACAUUACGACUGCCUGGUGAAUUCUUCAUGCCACGCAUCAUGGAUUCCAUUGGAAUACAGGACUACAUGCAACGUUUGUCUACGUUUAUGCAAUCCUUGUCUCCGGCACAAACUCGAAUACAGCAACGGAAAGUGUUCAUACCCACUGACCUGUUCGCACGUAUUCAUUCGAAUUGA